AUGGUUGUCCUGAGGCUGAGAAAUGCGCACAAAAGGCAGUAUGCAUUUAUCUGUCUGAGCAUCGUCGGCUUCAUCAUGUACAGAUACCUCGGCAUGCCAGCAGGAGGAAGGAGGAUGAGCAGGAAAAUGGGGUUGAACGCCAGCUCGUCUCAGUUCACCCUGGAGGGAGAACCUUUUUCGCAUCCUGGGGGAUCCGUCCACUAUUUCCGCGUCCCCAGGGCCUACUGGAGGGACCGGCUGAUGAAAAUGAAGGCCUGUGGCAUCAACACCCUCACUACAUAUGUACCAUGGAGUUUGCACCAACCAGAAAGACAGGUUUUCAACUUUCACACACAGCUGGAUUUAGAAGCUUACAUCAACCUUGCUGCUCAGUUGGGAUUAUGGGUAAUUCUACGUCCAGGGCCUUAUAUUUCCUCAGAUCUGGACCUAGGAGGACUGCCAAGUUGGCUUCUCCGCGACAGGAACAUGAAGCUGAGGACAACUUACCCAGGCUUCACUGAGGCCGUCAACGUUUUUUUCGAUAAACUUAUUCCCAAAGUACUACCACUGCAGUUCAAGAAAGGAGGCCCUAUCAUUGCAGUGCAACUGGAAAACGAGUAUGGAUCUUUUGGACAGGAUGAAAGUUACAUGCUUUUUAUCAAGGAGGCCUUACAGUCCAGAGGAAUCAGCGAGCUCCUGCUCACAUCAGACAACCAUGACGGAUUGAAGUCAGGUGGUGUGAAUGGAGCCAUCCAAACAGUGAAGCUCCAGAAACUGAACCAGAAAGACAUACAGAAUCUGAACGCCAUCCAGCCUAACAGCCCCACCUUGGUGAUGGAGUGCUGGACCGGCUGGUAUGAUGUAUGGGGCGACCUCCACCACGUGCUCCCCCCAGAGGAUUUGGUAUCCACUGUGAGGGAGAUCCUGCGGAGAGGCAUGUCCAUCAACCUCUACAUGUUCCACGGAGGCUCCAGUUUUGGCUUCAUGAGCGGAGCUCUCGCUAAUCCUUCGUACAAAGCAUUAGUUCCCAGCUAUGAUUAUGAUGCCCCUCUGACUGAGGCUGGGGAGUAUACACCAAAGUACCAUCUCCUCAGGGAUCUAUUUUCUAGAUACAAUAGUGAGAGUUUCCCCGAUAUGCCCACCCUUCAUUAUAGGGAGGCUUAUGAACCUGCUAUCAUGUAUCAGCACUUGUCCUUGUGGGACGCCUUGAGCCUCACUGAGGGACCUUUAAAGUCCCCCACGCCAGUAAACAUGGAGAAUCUACCAGUGAACAAUGGCAAUGGCCAGUCAUACGGAUACACCCUGUAUGAGACCACCAUCACCAGCGGAGGUUUAUUGAAAUCUGGAGACAAUAUUAGAGACCGUGCCUUGGUGUUUGUAGACAGAACAUUCAUUGGACUUUUCAAGCACCGGAACCUGGAGUUGGCGGUUCCCGAUGGUAAGGGACAGCGGACGUUAAGCUUACUGGUGGAGAACUGUGGACGGGUGCAUCGUGGAAGAGAUCUUGACAAACAGAGAAAAGGUCUCGUGGGAGACAUUUUAUUAAACAAUAUUCCUUUGCGGGAUUUUACAAUAUACAGCCUGGAUAUGAAACCCAGCUUUAUUGAUAGUCUCUAUCAGGCACCCUGGAAAAACCUCCCUCAAAUCCCCAGCUUUCCAGGGUUUUUCAUGGGGAGACUGUUUGCCUAUGGUUAUCCAAGUGACACAUUUGUGAAGCUGCCAGGCUGGGGAAAAGGUGUUGUGUUCAUCAAUGGGCUGAAUCUGGGCCGCUACUGGUCCAUUGGUCCCCAGCAAACUCUCUACCUCCCUGGUCCCUUUCUCAAUAGUGGAAUCAACCAGAUCAUUGUUUUUGAAGAGCAAGAGGCUGAAUACAAGAUCCAGUUUGAGGAUACACCCGACCUUGGCAUGGCAGUAGACAUCCAGUGA